GUCUCUCUACACAGCAUGGCGAACUCCCAACAUGCUGAACAUGACCCAAAACAUGUAAAUACGUCUGGUGAAGUGCCGGCUACCUGUGCUCCAGGCCAACCGGACGGAGUGACCGCUGUACCGGGCACAGGUGCGGGCCCGGUGCCGGUGCCGUGUGCCAUCACGUCGUUCGCCGCCGCCUCGGAGCUGCUGUCGGCGCCGUGCUCUGGUCUGGUCAUGAACACGCACCGCAGACACAUCGCUCUUUCACCUAUGUAUCUGAACAGAAUGAGGACAGGCAUACAGGAGGAGCUGAAGGACGAGCUGCUCAGGUUUUCUCAGAGUUUCAAUGGCGUGCCCGUGGCUUAUGAGAACAUACAGGUAAUAGGAGAGACAAGCGCCAUCUGCAAUGACACCGGCUACAUUCACAUGAACAUACAAGCCAACUUUAUUGUUUUCCAGCCAAAACAAGGAGAUAAAUUACGGGGUAAGGUGAAUAAAUUAGGUGUAAGCCAUGUCGGUUGCCUAGUGCAUGGCUACUUCAAUGCCAGCAUUCCUAAACCUCACUUGGUCACCAUGGAAACCUGGCGGGAUGCGGGGCCAAGGGUCGGAUCGGAGCUGGAGUUUGAGGUGACAGCAAUCGACACUGACGCUGUAGGAGUACUGCUGAUCCGAGGAAAGCUGGACAGGACAAGGGUCCAGGAGCUGUUGGCUAUGGCUGAAAGUACAGAGUCCAGCGUUGCCGCAGAGGAGUCAGACCAACCUGAUGCAGGACUGGCCCCAGAGCCAACCCCAGAACCGGCUCAGGAAUGUCCUGACAACACCCCGAAAAAGAAGAAGAAAAAGAAGAAAGACAAAAUCAAAGAGGAGGAGAGAGAAGAGGCGAUAACGGCACCACCUUCGUACCAGCAAGAUGGUAACACAACAGCUGAGUUGAUGGGAAACAUGAAGGAGGAGAACGGCAAUGACGCUGUUGAGAAAAAGAAGAAGAAAAAGAAGAAGGAGAAGCAGCUGAAAGAAGAGGAGGAGGAGGUUGAGCUGUCCUGCAUGGAGGUCCACGGAAGUGACUCUAGUGGCUACCACAGCAAUAAGCCGAGCAAAAAGAGGAAACAUGAACCUGAUAUCACAUCUAGCUUUAGUGAAGAACCACCAAAGUCCAAGAAGAAGAAGAAGAGGAAGAGUGAGGUCGAGCAGUUUGCCUGAAGACCUCCUGUGAUUUACUCUAGAAAUAAACUCAAAUGUAUGAGUUGAGGCGAUACAGACCACAUUGAUGACGGUGGUUCUGGGGGAAUAUGUCAACGUGCCUUAAAUGGAGAAAACAUAACUUUUAGAGAGAUUUCUGUUCUCACCUCGUCUAUAAUCGUUCAAACAACACAGGAUCAGAUGCGCAGAAACACCCAUGUUAUGUUGUCAUUGGGAUGUAUUUCCGUUUUACUGCCUGAAGGGGGAGCAAAACAGCUUCAUACAUAGACACCGGGGAGAACAAAAAGAGAAAACUGUGUCUGCUUUUCACGGGUUUAUCACAGCUGUAAAAGUCAGACAGGUUUUUGAAGUUCAGAGCCAGAAGGAAGGAGAAGAAAUAAAUCGAUUUCAACAUCUUGCUGUGCCUUGUGUUUUGGUACAUUUUCUCCUGCUGGGAUAUGAAAAACUGAUGAGAGACGGCAAAGACUUACUUUGAUUUUUGUCCCAUCUCGGUGCUUUAAACAGAUUGGAAGAGCACUUUCUUCAUUGUAACUGUGGGGAAAGGAAAUGUUUUUACUGCAUCACGGUCAGAAUUUUCAGUCAUAAAAAUACACAAGAUGGACAAUGAAGUCAUAUCGUCCUGAGACCCAGCAAUGCAGUUUCACAGCUGUACUUAAAAAUAUAAAAAAUAUUCACUGAAAAGAACAUUAUUUAAAAAAAAAAAAAAAAUUAAUAAUGUGUCUGAAAAAACUGUUGCAUCAUGCUGUUUCCAAUUAAGGCAAUUAUUUAAUGUAAAAUGGUGAAAAUAUUUACUUACUGUGUCUCAGGAUGAUGUGUGAAUCGUUUCCCUGUUUGGACAGUUAACCACAGGAUGAUGUUUUUCUUGAGCUCUGAUUAAAAUAAACACAAAGGAAAAAUUGAUUAUUUUAAUCCCAAAUAAAGAGCUGUAUGUUUUUACUUAU